AUGUUCUUUGGUCAGUUGAGGUUCUGGUUGAAGAAGAUCCAGGUGCCGCAGGAACCUGGAUUGUCAACCGCGCAGCUGAUGUUAACGAACGACGAUCUACGACCAGUUGAGCCCGAACGACGCCAGUGGGGAUGGAUUAAUUUUGUUGCAUUUUGGAUUGCAGAUUCUUUGAAUGUUGUAAGUGUUCUUUGUCUCACAGAGCAUUCAUACACGAAGGAUAAAAUUUGUUGCUUUUUUGUAUUUUCUCUGCAAUGUAAAGGCUCUAUAUCUCUAACACUAUUGGGACAGAACACAUGGAUGAUUUCAUCUUCGAUGAUAGUUGAUGGCCUUUCUUGGUGGCAGGCAUGGCUAUGCGUCUGGAUUGGCUACACCAUUUCGGCCAUCUUUGUAUAUCUCAUAGGUCGUAUUGGAUCGGUCUAUCGCAUUCCUUUUGCAGUCAGUAAUCGAGCUUCAUUUGGAAUUUGGGGCUCCUUUUGGCCAGUUAUGAACCGGGCAGCAAUGGCUGUAAUCUGGUACGGCGUACAGACUUAUCUAGGAGGCGAAUGUGUGACUUUGAUGAUUUCUGCUAUUUGGCCAAGCUAUAACACCCUGCCAAACACGAUCCCUGCUUCAUCAGGAGUGACAACUAAGCAAUUUGUCAGCUUCUUAUUGUUCUGGCUAUUGUCUUUGCCAGCUCUUUGGUUUCCCAUCUAUAAAAUCCGCCAUCUUUUCACAGUCAAAGCAUAUUUCUCGCCGGCGUGUGCUAUCGCGUUCUUUGGAUGGGCGAUUGCCCGGGCUCAUGGUCUUGGUCCAAUCAUCACACGACCCAACACCGCGCAAGGCAGUGAUUUGGCAUGGGCAUUCGUGAAAAGCAUCAUGAACUGUAUUGCGAAUUUUGCCGCUCUGGUAAUCAACAAUCCUGACUUCGCGAGAUAUGCCCGCAACCCUAAGGAUGCCUUUUGGCCACAGAUCAUCACAAUUCCCGUCGGCUUUGCGAUCACAUCUUUCAUCGGAAUUAUUGUUUCCUCUUCAUCAAGUGUUAUCUUUGGUCAGGCGGUUUGGAAUCCUCUGACCCUUCUUGGUAUGUUUUUAGAAGGUGCAACAUCUGCCGAGCGCUUCGGAAUAUUCGUCAUUGCAGCUGGGUUUGCAUUGGCGCAACUCGGAACAAAUAUUGCCGCCAAUUCAGUGUCGGCCGGCACCAAUCUGACGGCUCUUCUCCCUCGCUUUUGUACUAUUCGACGCGGAGGCUACUUUUGUGCAGCUAUUGGGCUUGCUAUGUGUCCAUGGACGUUGGUCGAAUCAUCCAGCAAAUUCACUCUCUACUUAUCUGCAUACUCCGUCUUUCUUUCCGCAAUCGCCGGUGUUAUGGCCAGUGACUACUAUCUUGUCCGCAGAGGCUAUUUAGACGUACAGUCCCUAUACAGUGCACAGAAAGAUGGAGUGUACUAUGGCACGCAUGGUGUCUCCUGGCACGGAUAUGCGGCAUAUCUAUGCGGAAUUCUGGUCAACAUUGUCGGUUUUGCUGGCACCGUGGGUAUCAAUGUUCCUGUUGGAGCAAUGUACAUUUACGAUGUCAAUUACUUUUCGGGGUUCCUUGUCUCGGGUGGAGUGUACUGGAUUCUAACUUGUGUAGUUCCUAUUUCCGGAACAAGUGACACAUGGAACGAAAUACCCUAUGAACCGCAUAAUAUGUCGGAUGCAGCAGAGAAGAAGAUUGAAGAUGUGUGA